ACUAAAUUAGGCGUUUUGAUAGCAAGUUUAAACUUCUGGGGGUAUAAGAGGGCACCCUACCACAACUUGCAGCCGCAACUCUGGUGGGAAUUGCUGGAAAAGUUCGUAUUUCCUGAAAGGCAAGCAAGCUUUAUAUUAAGGACAUGGUGACUGACUUUGAUGAAAAACAUGAUGAAUACUUAAUAUCACUUCAGCAGAGAAACCGGCUACUGGGACGUUUAAAAAGAAAGGAUCCUAUACAAAUCAAACUGGAGCAGUUAGAACAAGGAUUUUCUCUGUAUCUGAACGGAGCUAAUUCAGAGCUGAGAAGUUACCACAGAAAAAUCAACUCACAUGGCUACCUUAAAAAUGAGACAAAGACCACCAGGGCAAAUGUAGCCCAGCUAGAAGAGAGUGAGUUGCGAGGACGCAGCACGCAGACUGCACCGAGCAAAAUACACCGCAGAGGUUGGCUUCAGAAAACUGUGAAGAUUAAAACAGAAAGGGGGGCUAAACUCUGCAUUAAACCUCCUCUUGAGUACUCUGAGGAUUUUGAACCUUAUGAAAGCUUGAGUGUGGAGACAAAUGGUGAUGAUCCUCUCUGUUACUCCCAGACGUUGAAAAGAAGCUUGCAACUCAGUAUAGAAGACAAAAGGAUGGAAGAAGACUCUCUUAGUGAUGAUUAUGACUCUGUUGAAGAGGAUGUGUUUUCAGAACCAUCUCCCACUGAGGAAACAAUUACAAGCCUUGGAGCCCUUCAGUUGCAUAGUGGUAGAUCACUGCAGAAAGAAGCUUCUGAACAUCAGGAUGCUGGGAGAUGCUCUGGCCUUGAUUCUGGUGCCUUUACUGUGUUGGAGUUCAACCAGGAUCAAAGUAAAGUGAAGCCGCUACGAGUUCUCUCGGCAAAAAGAAAAGAUAAUGCUGAAAUGUACAUUCCUAUCAGACCAAUUGUGGUAAAAAAUAAAAUCACUCGGCCACUCUCUGCUGAGUUCUUGCACCAGGAAAGACAUGAAAGAAUUUGUUCUAGACCAUUAAGUCGACCAGAAAGACCACUUUCAGCAACUCGAAAGAAUGUGUGUGAGAGAGAUCCUGAUCUCUCAGUUUCAGCUGUGGUUAAAGCAAUGCAAAUUGAAAAUGAAGUCUUGCAGAGAGACCUGCAAAGGCAGACAGUUUCCACAAGCCCUCAAAAGAAGAAAUUUUCUGUUUCAUCUGUUGUUUCUGCAAUGGCUGAACCUCCAGAAAAAAGCCAGACAAGGACUGCAGUCACAAAAAGUGUUGAGAGAAUUUGUCCUUCUGGAAGCAGACAACAGAAGAAACUUCUGAAAGUCCUUCCAGAGCCUGAGAGCCCUUCUGCCUGUGAUAAUGAGAUAUCCCUGUCUGAUGACAAACCUGAAGUAGAUUCCAUGUUGAGAGAGAAGGUGACAACCAGUAUGGAAGUACAUGAUGCCAUUUAUGUGACUAUGGAACUUCUUUCUAACUGGGGAAAUCCAGUAAAUGUGGGCCUGAGUGAGGUGGAAUUCUUUGAUUUGUCCAACAAAAAGAUAAUUGUGUCUCCUCAUGAUGUGGACAUUCGAAAUGCUGACAACCCAGGGGAUUUGUGCUGCUUGGUCAAUAAGAACUUAAAUAUCACGAAGGAAAGCUUCCUUUGGAUGUGCCCUUUCUAUCCACCUGUCCAACUUUACUUUGUUAUCCGCAAUCCCACCCGGUCACAUGACUUUGGUAUAUCCAAGAUCAAGAUUUGGAAUUACAACACAACAACUCCCAGUGACCUUGAUGUUGGAGCAAAGAAGGUGAAGUUAUAUGUUAAUGAGAACCUUGUAUUUGAUGGCGAAUUAGAGAGAGCCUCUGGAGAUCUCCUCACUGACUAUAGCACUACAAUUGACCUUACAGAUCACAAGCAAGAUAUCUCUGCAUAUUCUUCAAAUGAAACAAAAACAGUAGAUGCACCUGCAGUCACAGAGAAGAAAGCAGACCUACAUUUUAAAUGCUUACAGUCAAACAAUACUUCUCUGCCAGAAGAAAAUCUUCUUGAGCAUAGGAUGAACUCAGUCAGCUUUACGAAGAAAAAUUUGUCUGAGUUGGAGGAUGAUCUAAAAGUAGUACCAUCUCAAUUUUGUAUAAAAGAUGCCAAAGAUAAUGUAACAGUACAGGCAGUUAUGGAGCAUGUUCAAUGUGAUGAUGAACUUUCUUUGAGUGAGCAAAUGGAAAAGCUAACAGGAAGAAAAUUGUCUGAUUCUACAGGUGCAAUUCCUUCUUGGUUACAGUCAUCUUCCCAAGUAACAGAGAAUAAUCAAGUCACUUACAGUAAGCAGAAGCCUCCCUGGCUUGCUACAGAACAUUGUUUAGGCUUGAGAUUUCAAACACAGUCAGAUGGAAUCAUGAAAAACUUUUCAGAUCUGACUAAUGAGGAUGUCAAAUGUCAGAGAAGUAGUAGAAAUGCAAAUGGAGAUGAGAGGUCACAAAUGCUAACCAGAAAGGAUGGUGACGUGGGCUUGGACAUUUCGGAGCAACUUUCUAACAAAAAUUGCUGCAGCCUGCAGUACCCUACAAGUGGAAGGAGAAGUGUCAGAUGUGUAAAAAAGGUGGCAUUAAACACUGUAAAUCUUGGAGAAGAUGAUUCCGCUCUCAAAGAUGAAGACUUUUCUGUCAGGGACAUAGCAACCUCUAGAGCAAAGUGGCACAAUGAACAAGAACACACUCUGCAGGAGUCCUGGAACUCCUUGGUAAAGUUUAAUUAUUCCCAUCGUGGCCGAAUCUCUAACAUGGAUUUUCAAGGGGAUAUCUUUGAUGAGUUUCUCCAUCAACAGAAAAUCAACCGGCCUGGAGAAUAUCAGCAAAUGAGAAAAGAAGGACUACAAACACUACCAAAAAGGCAAGAAGAAGAAAAUUCUGUGGAGGCAUAUGAUGGAAAUGAUUUUAAAAUUCCUGUUUUACCUUAUGGGCAGCACUUAGUGAUAGACAUUCAAACAACAUGGGGAGACAGACAUUAUGUUGGUCUUAAUGGAAUUGAAGUUUUCAGUUCUAAAGGAGAGCCUGUUCAGAUUUCAAAAAUAACAGCUGAACCACCUGAUAUAAAUAUUUUACCAGCUUAUGGCAAUGAUCCCAGAAUAAUAACCAACCUAAUUGAUGGGGUAAAUCGGACGCAGGAUGAUAUGCAUCUCUGGCUAGCACCAUUUACCCCUGGAAAACCUCACUUCAUCUUUAUUGACUUUGUGAAUUCCUGUCAAGUAGCUAUGAUUAGGAUUUGGAAUUAUAAUAAAUCUCGCAUACACUCUUUCAGAGGUGUGAAAGACAUUAUAAUGGUGUUAGAUGAACAAUGCAUCUUUAAAGGAGAAAUUGCGAAAGCUUCAGGAACCUUAUCUGGAGCUCCAGAGCACUUUGGGGAUACUAUAUUGUUCACUACCGAUGAUGAUAUUCUUGAAGCUGUAUACUGCUAUGAUGAGACAUAUGAUGGAGAAAUGGAAAAUGCCAGCUCCUUGAGAUAUGAAGAAGAGCUAAAGAGGCCAACAACUGCUGAUAGGGAGGGAGAUGAAAGACCUUUUACACAAGCAGGGUUAAGAACAGAGCAUCAACAGGUUCAAGAGCCAGACCCUCUCUCUGAAUGCAUACCUAAGGAAUCAGGAAUAUUUACUGGAAAAUGUCUGCAACUGAAUUUUACCAUGACCUGGGGAGACUCUCAUUACCUUGGACUGACAGGACUUGAAGUGAUAGGAAAGAAUGGUCAUGCAUUAAAAAUAAGUACAGAACAGAUUUCUGCUUCACCCCAAGACUUAAAUGAUCUUCCAGAGUAUACAGGAGAUUCCAGAACAUUAGAAAAGUUAAUAGAUGGGACUAAUAUCACAGUAGAGGAUGGCCAUAUGUGGCUCAUUCCCUUCUCUUUUGGAGAAGAUCAUCUGCUUACAAUCCAUUUUGAUAAAAUUGAAAGUAUUACAGGGCUUCGCUUUUGGAACUAUAAUAAAUCUCCAGAGGAUACCUAUAGAGGGGCUAAGGUAGUCCAUGUGUUGCUGGAUGGUCACAGCAUCUCCCCACCAGAGGGUUUUCUUAUCCGCAAGGGACCAGGCAACUGCCAUUUUGACUUUGCCCAAGAAAUUCUCUUUCUUGACUAUCUGCAGCCCCAGCUGAUUAAUAAAGUACAAAGGAGGACUGGCUCAAAGAGAAUGGAACAGGCUAGUAUGGACUAUGAAGCACCGUUAAUGCCAUCUGGUUUUGUUUUUCAGUUUCAGCUUCUGACAAGUUGGGGUGAUCCAUACUACAUUGGUUUGAAUGGACUUGAGUUGUUCGAUGAACAUGGAGACCAAAUCUUACUAUCUGAAAACAAUAUUGCUGCUUUUCCAGAUAGUGUCAACAUUUUAGAAGACGUAUCUGGAGACAUCCGAACUCCAGACAAACUAAUUGACAGAGUAAAUGACACAACUGAUGGCAGACAUAUGUGGCUUGCACCAGUCCUUCCUGGUUUGGUGAAUAGGGUAUAUGUAAUUUUUGAUGUACCUACUACUGUGUCAAUGAUCAAGUUAUGGAAUUAUGCCAAAACUCCUCAGAGAGGUGUGAAAGAAUUUGGUCUUCUGGUGGAUGACUUGCUUGUCUACAAUGGGAUUCUGGAUAUGGUGAACCAUGUAGUAUCAGGCAUCCUACCAACCUGUGAUCCAGUGGUCCCAUAUCAUACCAUUCUCUUUACAGAUGAUGAGAAGAUUUGCCAUCAGGAAAAGAGAACUGUUAUUAGCAAUCAUGUGGGAGAUCAGGAUGUACGAAUGAUGAAUGAAAAUGAGAUUGUCACAAACAGCAAGAAGAAACAGGUUGUGGCUGAUCCAGCUUUGCGUCCCAAAACCUGCAUAUGUGAAAAAGGACUGCAGAGGAGGAAGAGAUAACAUUGGAAAGUCC